CAAAAUAAAGCAAUCAAUCAAUUAGCUACUGCUAUACUUCUGCAGGAACAUUUUAGUUUGAUAAGUUUGCUCACUAUUAGGUUGGACAAUCAUGAUUAGAGAACACAUCUGACAGUAAUACGACAUUAUUGUUUGUGUCUUGUUUCCCUUAAUGUGAAUGUAUUUCAAAUAAUUAAGGGUGCUUAUUCUUGAAUAUGUGAGACGUGCCAGUUGUUUUAAAGGUGUAGGCACAGUAGUAAUGUUCCUGCCCUCAAAAUAUUUGGAGAUGGGUGAAUCAUAAAAAGGAUGAAACACCUGUGUCCGUGCGUGUCAUUAUGUUAGAAGUAAUAUGUUACUUGCAAAUUAUAGAGACGUUAAAUGCAGUGUUCGAUCUAUAUGUAUAUGGUAUGACAUUAUUGUAGUUGAACACUCAUAAUAUUCUAUUGAUUCGAAUGCUUGUGGUUAGUUUCUCCAAGUGUACUUUAUUUAAUAUGAUGUAUAAGGUAUCUGUUUUUGCUUUAUGAAGCUGAGUUAAUAUCAGAAACAACUUUUUGAUGCAGUUAACAUAAUGUCGUCGAACAUCUUAAUGAUGAAAACAAUUCUGGUGAUGAUGACGUAGUGAUAAGCAAAGUUGAGGCUGCGAGCGUUCUCUGCUCUUUUGUGGCUGUAAUAAAAACUAAAACCAGCUAGCUUGUUAUUCAGAUUACUUUUAGCGUUUAAAGUGUGUUAUAUAGUUACAUUUUGGUCAAAUAUUUCAGCCUAUACCGAUAAUAUUCACUUUGUUUAAGGCAAUAAAUUGAGUAAUAUUGUGGUACUCCGAUAGUGAACAGUUGAGCUGCGCAGAGAGUUCAAUUCAGUCGAAGCUUGAGCGAGGAGAAGACAGUCGCGGCUAGACCCUGUUCGUGCUUUGAAUAUGCCCAAUUUUAUAUACUGUUGCAUACCAAAACCGUCGGUUCGAUGGUGAAAAGAAAGAAGACAUCAUCUGCUGUCGAAGAGCAUGAAAAUGGGAUGACAGUUGGGCUGAGAGACGGCAUCGGUGUCGAUGGCCCGAAUAAUUCGGGCAGAAAGCUUGAAGGUUGUGACGAGGAGGAGAGCGGAGAUCAGGGGAGCGAGGAGCGUAGUACAAAGAGAGACGAAGUGGAAAUUCUUAAUCCUUCAACUACGGGUUGCUCCAGUUCAGCACCGGUUAUUACCACCUCCGUAUCGAACCCAUCUGGACCUUGCUCGAGCCGACAGCCCCCGUCCUCGACAACACCCACCCCACCGAAUCACGACCAGCAUCAUUUUUUGAGAUCCAGCGUUCGACCGCCGAGCAAACGAAUCCGGAAGGAUUCCAUCGCCCCAACUAUCAAUGGUCACAGCGGGGCAAAAUCGAAAGGGUCAGAGAAUGGUCCCUCUCACCAAGUGUCAGCUGGUCACUCCGGCUCCACGUCAGGCUCUAUGGGGCCCUCGGGUAAGGCGGCCCCUAGAGGCCAAGGACCCGGGGUCAAGGAGGAGCCGGUGGGCAGCCAAAAGAGACCCCGGAGACAGUGGGAGUCCUGGAGUGCAGAGGACAAGAACAGCUUCUUCGAAGGGCUCUACGAGCAUGGGAAGGACUUUGAGGCGAUCCAGACGAACAUAGCUUUGAAGCAUAAGAAGAAGGGGAAGCCAGCCAGCAUGGUGAAGAACAAAGAGCAAGUUCGACACUUCUACUACCGCACCUGGCACAAGAUCUCCAAGCACAUCGACUUCGCCAACGUGUACUCUCGUGUGCUGAAGAAGUCUUCUCAGGAGCUGUAUGGUCUCAUCUGCUACGCUGAACUCAGGAAGAAGGUUGGAGGAUUGAUGGACGAUAAGAACGUGGCCAAGCUUAACGAGCUCAUCCAACAGGGGGCCACCACGGUGCGUUCUAAAGGCAGGAACCUACGCAUCAAAGCUCCCAUGUGCCGUGCGCUCAAGAGGCUAUGUGACCCAGAUGGAGUGAGUGAUGAAGAAGACCAGAAGCCUGUGCGUCUACCUCUGAAGGUUGCCGUGGAGCUGCAGCCGCGUAGCAACCACUCCUGGGCCCGUGUUCAGAGUCUUGCCCAUAAUCCCCGCCUCAGGAUGGUGGUAGAGCUACAUAGGAAGGUGUCCAGCCUGAUUGAGUUCCUGAAACAGAAGUGGGCCGUCCAGGACCAGCGGAUCCUGAAGAGCCUGCAGGAGCGCGAGGCGUUAGGGGGAACCCAGCAGCACAGUGGUAGCGGCAGCCCUGCUCUCCCCUGUAGAGAAGAUGAGGACCUGUUCCUAUACCCAGCUGAGACCAGCACCUUGACCCCCCUGCCCAGCGUAGCCCGUGUGGUUCACUCCAAGGCCUCCUGCACUGUCCACUGGCAGGAGAGUGGCAAGCCCCGGCCCGGCCCCAAGGAGUUGAUCCCCACCGCCCAGAUUCUGGGCAUCCAGGGCGCCCCGCUCCUCCUCCCCCGGGGGGGCAUGGCCAAACCUGGACGUGGCGGUGGGGAUGCUCGGCGUGUUGGGGUUGAGACCCCCAUAUCCACACCUGAAGGAGGAACGUUGGGAGGGGGAGCAGGGCCAGAGCACAAGAAUCUGAACCAGAUAACAUCUCCUAUACCUCCACUUCCUCCUCCUUCGUCUUCGCUGCUGUUGUCUAUGACUCAGAUACAGGAGGGUGGUGUAGCCGCGGGGCAGGUGGAACAGGAGAAGGGGCUGGGGGAAGGACCAGGGGUAGGGGAGGCCUUGGGGGCCAAGGGAGGAGAUGGGGACUCCAUUUCUCAGGACCAGGGGGGUAGUUCUUGCUCUGCAACUGUUCCGUACAGGCUUGAAGAGCGGACCACAGGGGUAAAUGGCAGUGACGGUGCCUCUCCAGAGAGGAACUCCCUCCCCCUGUUGGACCCCCUGGUUCCCACCACACCUCCACCGGCACUGCGACAGGUGGAGGACGUCCCUCCAGACCAGGGGCAGGGGAGCGCAGCAGCCCCAGGAAAGGAAGAGUCUGGUGGGGUUGGUGGUGGAGGAGGAAGCAGCACACCAACCCUGGUGUCCUGUGGUCGGUCGGCCCAGCGGAUCUGUGAUGAGGGCUGGAGCUCGCGAGGGUCAGACAGCAACGUGACUCUGGCAGAGCUGUACCUGAUGCUGGGGAAACCUGGGAAACUGCAGCUGGAGUACGAGUGGCAGCCGGCUGCUGUUGCAAUCCCGGAGAUGGGGGACGAGGGGCUACAGGGACCAGGGCAGACAUGCCCACAGCUACAGUCACCACGCCCCUUGCCCCCGCCCUCCACCCACCGCGUCCUGCGCUGUCUGCUCCGGCUGGUGUCAUCAGAGGUCAAUCCCAAACCUGCCCCAGAGCUGUGCUCCACAGCCACGUCUCCGGUAAAGCCAUCCCAGGAGGAACAGUCCCUCACCCCCCCAGGCAAGGCCCCGGCUGUGGGGGUACGGAGCCCCAACUGUGGACGACCACAGCCCCUGGGGGUCCGAGCGACAAAGCUGAUGUUACCAAACACUGGGUCCUCCGGUCGUAACCUCCCGCGGUCUCUGCUGGUGUCUGCGGGGGACUCAGAUGGUGGGGUGUUUGCCGUUCCCACCACCCUGCCCCCCAACAGCUCCCGACACUCCCGCAUGUUCUCUCCCAACAAGGAGGCCGAGCUCGCCUUCCGACAACAGCUCGACUCAAUCAACAUGCAGUCAGACAUUUUCCUGCCGAAACAAAGGAAAAACCGAAGCCGGCCACUUAGAAAGCCCCUCGUGGUCCAGAGAACUCUGCUCCCCCGCACCACUGGAGACACUCCUCAACACGUCUGCUCCUUCUCCAUCCUAUCCAACUCAUCUGCCACAGGAACAGGCUCCUUCCGGCCAAUCCAGCCCCGUCUCUCUCCCUCCACCCGUCCCCUCCUCCCCAGAACUCCGCCUAUUACCUCUGGCCCUGGGAUGUCCAGUCAGCUCUCCAGUGCCAUUGACCUGGCAGCCAAGUCAGCAGGCAUCAUCCCAGGCAGCCCCUGUCGAGAGCUGGAGGCCCCCAGUCCAGACGGAAGGCCCAUCUCAACCUCUCACCCUGGAGUGGUGUAUGCUGGUCCUGGUCCUCCCCAGCCACAGCUCCUCCAGCAGGCCUCUGAGGUUUCGCUGCAGAACGGCCUCCCCCCUCCGUCUCCAGGAGUAGCAGGUGACUCGCUCCUCUCCCCGCCCAGCGUGGCUUCUCUGCUGGACAUCUCUCUCCCGGGACCCCCAGAGGAAGCGAUGGCUCCUGGAGGGCCACAAACACACAUCAGUGACUCAAUCAUUGAGCUGGCCAUCAACUCGGCACACUACGGUGAUGAGGCAUCCCUCUCUCCUGCCAAGCUGAAUGGUAGUGAGUGCUCUAAGCUCCUACCCUGUACCUCAGUCAGCCCCUCCAGAGGCUGGAUCCCUUCCCCCAGCCACGACCCUCAGUGGUACCCCAACGACUCCACUGACUCUUCAUUUGGCUGCCUGCUUUCGAGCCUGGUGUCCCCUGAUAAGGGCAGACGAAGCUCCCUGACUCCCUCUGGCCCCUCCAGUGGAACAGCCCUCCUCGGACCCAGAUUUCUGGACUGCAACUCCCAUGAUUCCUUUCAGUCCCGCGGCCUGCCAGACGUAGCGGAGGUAGACACCCAGCUGGCCUGCAUGAUGAGUGAGAGCAGCGUGGAUUACAUCGCCCGCUUCAACGAUUUGGCACAGGAGCUGGCUGUCACAGAGCCGCACCUCACACCCUCAUAAAUUUGAAAUAAUCUGGGGCAGGGUUUAGGAUCUGUCUGUCACAGAGUUGCCCCUCCCACUCCUUCAGAAGUGCAAGGAUUUUGGGGGUGGAGAGACACUCCUUCACCUAUAUAGUUUGUGAAAGAAAGUGCAAUAACCAAGGCCAUUGGCCUGAACAGAAGAAGCACUCAGAUCUACCUUGGCACAGUCCAACUGGAACAGGUUUAAGCUCUUUGAUGGUUUCUAAUGGGUUCCGAAAUGGUUUAUUCUGGUUCUGAAGGCCUGUGGACCGGUUUUAACUGGUUCUGAUUGGUUUGGAAUCGAUUUCAACUGAUUCUGAUGGGUUCCAUCUGGCUUGUUUGUUUGGACCAUUCUGUCUGUUCUGCCUAGCGAGCCACCCUUUAAAAAAAAAAUUAAAAAAAACUUAAAAUAUGAAUCCCGUUUACAAAACACAACCUCAUGUAAAGAAAAAAACAAUGCCAUAUAUGAACAAAAGACGGGGUCUGUCCUUGUCCUCUUGUCUCCCUCUUCCCUCUGAGAAAUAUCAAACCGAAGACAUUUGAAUGCAAAAUGUAAAUGUCAGACAAACUUGAAAAUAACUACUGAUGAACUUCUGAACUGCUGGUAGCGUGUCCUUCUCCGUCUUGUCAGUUUAAUACGUCCACGUGAACUAACACCACUUAAUAAUUUAAUCUGUUGAAACUGAACAAGCCAUAUGAGUGGAACUGAUAUGCAUUUGUAUCCCAGGCCAAGCAUUCGUGUCCCUCCCUCCAUAUCAAUGCAAAAAAGUUUGACUCCACUUGAACAUCUACUCCAACUCACCCUGUGUUUUCUUCUCAACCAAUGCUUUGAAACUUCCUAAAAGCUCAUUUCAGUUUUCUGUAGCAAAGUGUUUUGUAACUUUGCGCCCUACUGAAUGCAACCCUUGUGUGCUUUUGUUUAACACCACACGGCACUCUAUCCUAUGAUGCCUGGUUGGUUGUCAGUCGAGGGGUGUGUUUGAGGUCCCCAGCUGACUAAAGGAUCAAUCGUAUUACGAGGGUUUUUAGACACAGAAAUAUGGUCACGCUCCAGGAUGACUAAAUUGGAGAUGUUGCAUUGCAUCAACCAAUGUUUGUAUCAUCAACUAUGCAGUCCGGCAUCAGAUUACUACGCUCGAGUUCCUGCCUGACUACAUUGCAGCAAAUGCCAGAAAUUAUGAAGCUUGUUUCCAGGACUAUCUGUGUCCAAAAUGGCACCCUAUUUCCUAUAUAGUGCGCUGCUUUUGACCAGAGCCUAUAGGGCCCAGGUCAAAAGAAGUAUGCUAUGUA